UUUAUUACUGUUAGCCAAAACAAAGACAGACAAACAGUAAGCAAACAUUAAACUCCCAAAAACCCUACUUCACCUUGUCGGAGACAGAGACAGUUUUAACACAAAAUGAAAGUAGUGGCUUUAGUGAGUGGCGGCAAAGAUAGUUGCUAUGCUAUGAUGAAAUGCAUUCAAUAUGGUCACCAGAUUGUUGCGUUGGCUAAUUUGAUUCCUGCUGAUGAUGCUACGGAUGAGCUUGAUAGCUACAUGUAUCAAACAGUUGGGCACCAAAUAGUUAUUGGCUAUGCUAAAUGCAUGGGACUCCCAUUAUUCCGGAGGCGAAUUCAAGGAUCCACAAGGCAUCAUGACCUAAGCUACAGUAUGACUCCUGGUGAUGAAGUUGAAGAUAUGUUUAUAUUGUUGAAUGAAGUAAAAAGACAGAUACCCUCUGUUACAGCAGUAUCUUCUGGUGCAAUUGCAUCUGACUACCAGAGAUUACGAGUAGAAAGUAUAUGUUCAAGGUUAGGGCUCGUUUCAUUGGCGUACCUAUGGAAGCAAGAUCAAUCCUUUCUUCUACAGGAAAUGAUAACAAAUGGAAUUAUUGCAAUAUUAGUGAAGGUUGCUGCUAUUGGACUGAACCCCUCAAAACACUUGGGAAAGAAGAUAGUAGAACUGGAACCCCACCUCCACAAGCUAAAAGAGUAUGAUAUGGUUAGCAAAAAUUUUGGCAUAAUUUUACUUCACUUUUUUCGCAUUUUUAUCUUUAUUUUUUGCAGGUUAUAUGGAAUAAAUGUCUGUGGCGAAGGUGGAGAAUAUGAAACAUUAACCCUUGAUUGCCCUCUAUUUAAAAAUGCUCGAAUUGUGCUGGAUGAAUUUCAAAUCGUCUUGCAUUCUUCAGAUUCCAUAGCCCCUGUUGGCAUUCUCCACCCCCUGGCAUUCCAUCUGGAAAAUAAGGUGGAGUCAAUAUCUUCAAAUGGCAUUGAUGAAGCAAGCAAUGUCUGUCAGAGGAAUGUGGAUACAGUAAUUGAAGUUCAAGGAGAUGUCCAACAAGGUGAAGCUGCUAGUGAAUUUGUUGCUGUAAGCUCUAAGCAACUAGGUGUUACUAAACAGGAGCUCAAAAUUUCUAAAACAAGGAAGGAUAAUGUCUUUUCUAUCUCUUGCUGGCUCCAAGACUCCUGUAAAAAUUCAUCAGAUCUACAGGAGGAUCUGGAGGUUGUUCUAAUGAAAAUUGAAGCUCUGCUCGUGGAAAAUGGUUCCUCUUGGGAAAAUGUAUUGUAUAUCCAUCUAUAUAUUGCUGAUAUGGAUGAGUUUGCAGUGGCAAAUGAAACCUACGUCAGAUAUAUUACUCAAAAGAAGUGUCGUUAUGGUGUACCAUCACGGUCCACCAUUGAGCUCCCUCUAUUGCUAUUUGGUUUAGGGAGAGCAUAUAUUGAAGUCUUAGUGGCAAAUGAUCCUACUAAAAAGGUCUUGCAUGUACAAAGUAUUUCUUGCUGGGCUCCUAGCUGUAUUGGUCCAUACAGUCAGGCAACUUUGCACAAUGACAUACUACACAUGGCAGGGCAGCUGGGGCUUGACCCAGCAACUAUGGUGCUCUGUGAAGGAGGUCCUGUUGCAGAACUUGAACAGGCACUGCAAAACAGUGAAGCAGUUGCUAGAAGCUUUAACUGUUCAAUAUCUACGUCAGUCAUAGUCUUUGUGAUAUAUUGUUCAGAAUCUAUGGAAAAAUUAGAAAGAGUUGUUGUUCGGAAGAAAAUAGAAACAAUUCUUAAGCAAAUGAAGUCGCAGCAUUCUGAGGACGCAAAGAAGUCCGAAGUCCUAGAUCCAAUUUUCCUAUAUGUUCUUGUUCCUGAUCUUCCAAAAAGAGCUCUGGUUGAAGUAAAGCCAAUGUUUUACACGGGGGAGUACUUGUCUGCUCCAAGUGAUCAUGCCAAGCAAUAUCAAUCCACAGGACAAGGUUAUUGGGGUUUGGGGUAUGAAACUUGGCAUGACAUUUGCCUUCAGAAAUCUGUUGUUUAUGGGAAAAUAUGCACAGCAAUUCUUUCAGUUACUGAAGAGCUUGCAGCAAAAAUUUGCUCCCUCACCAAUGUUGCAUGGCAUGCCGAUGUUAAGUCCAAAAGUCUUGUCGAAGAGGAACAAGUCAUAAUGAUUGCAAGAUUUUGCAUUUAUCGUCUCGAUAAAGUCCUUUUGGAGAAUGAUUUCUCUUGGGACGACGUAAUGAAUUUAAGGCUCUACUUUGCGAGUAGCCUUAAUAUCCCUCAUGGAACAUUGUCUCAAAUCUUCUCUGAUGUGUUUAAUGAAUUUGCUCAGAUGAGUCGGAGAAUUAAAGUAGAUGCUGAACCUAUUUUAAAUAUCGUUCCUGUCUUGGGUGCUGGGAGGUCUUUAUCGACCUUGGAUGAUAUAUUCACAUGUGAACUCAUUGCUAGCAAAUGUUAGUCAUUUAAAUAGGGGAUUGAUAUAUUAAAUGUUCAGUUCAGAAAAAAGGAGUAUUGAACUUGAGCAAAUUCUUAUUAUGUUAUUGUGAUCCCCAAUUGUUGCAAUUUACACGCUUUAUAGGAAAUGAACAUACGAAGUUUAUCUCAUAUCUGAAAUACUCCCUUAAGUUGCUGCA